CGUAAAAUAGUUCAACGUUACAAUUAGGCUUUCGAGUUGGUCGAUAAAGCAAACUCGCAGCUUCUUUACGACAUUAUUUCUUAAAAUACGAAACAAAUACGUAAAUUCAUAUUUCAGACUCCGCUGAAGAAUUAUACUUUUGAAUCAAUUGAAUUAAAUCAGUUAGGAAAGUGAAGGUUUUACUGCAUUUGUAAAAAUUUGUCUCCAAAUAAACCAGACAGACUUCGAAUGGAAUCAUCCAGAAACGUGCUAGCAUGCUCCACGUGCUUGAAAACUUUCACCACUAAGCAAACCUUAAGGAUUCACAUGUUCACUCAUGACGACGACGCGAAGGUGAAAUGUGAGAUUUGCGGACAAAUCUCGAAAAAUCCACCAGCCUUAUCCGCUCAAAUAAGAAUGAUUCACAGCAACCGGGACAGACCAAGUUGCGACACUUGUCACCGUGUGUUUUACACAUCCGCCACUUUACGGAAACACAUUAGCACCGUCCACAGCACGAUCGAACGACCCCGUUUUCCAUGCGGAUUUCCUGAUUGUGACAAAUCCUAUCUGUCGAAACACCAUGUUUUGAAACACAUUGAAACUGAACACACCGAGAAUCCGACCCGAUUUUCUUGCACACUUCGCGGUAGGGAAUUCAAAACCAAACAAAAUCUUGAGAGGCACAUUUUCACCCACACCACGGAGAAAGCCUUCACGUGUUCAACUUGUGGGAGGAGCUUUUCCACAUAUUCAAAAAGGAAACUGCACGAGGCUACACAUUUUGAAAAAUCUACUCGAAGAAUUUUCAAGCGUGAACUUUGUGUUCGGACUUUCCUCCAUAAAGGCUAUUUACAGAGGCACGUCCAAAUUGUACAUGGAAAUCGGAGGAAUCGCCCGUGCACAUUUUGUGAGAAGAGAUUCUCGUCAUCAACUGAUUUGAGACGUCACGUGGAGGCGAAACAUGCCGCGAACAAUCACUCCUGCGACAAAUGCGAAUUCAGGAGCGACUCGAAAAGAAGUUUAGCCAAUCACGCUUGGCGUCACAAUCCGGCGAAUCGACGAGAAUGUUACUUCUGCAAGAAGCAGUUUGUCUGUUUUUCGAAUUUGGUGACACACUGUCGACGUCACACUCUAGAAAAAUUACAAUUCAGGAAAUUUGUUGCUGGUCCUGUAUGAUUUUAUUAUUUGAUCGGCGAUGUGUACAUACAUAUUUCUCUUGUAACAAUCAAUUAGAAUUUAAAAUUUCGACAAGUUUUCACCAAACGCUGUUCAUGCUUAAAACUGUCAGAGAUCUGUUCACAACUUCUGAAAAAUAUUAUAUAAUAUUAAUCGCUAUAAUUUACUAUCCGUUUAAGUAGAAUGAGGAAAAGAAGAAAUGAAUAUCUGUACUUGUAAUUAAUGAUGGAAUAUUGUUAGGCAAUAUCAUAUAAAUAAAGCAGUGCUAAUUACCAUAAAUUUUCAACCUCAA